AUGGCCGGCUGGGUGUUCUGUAAUCGCUGUUUCCAGCCACCCCAGGGGACGGCGUGCUUCAGCCUGACUAACUGCGGCCACGUGUACUGCGAUGUCUGCUUGCGCAAAGGUAAAGGGGAUGAAUGCUUGGUCUGUAAAGUUCCAUGCCGUGCAGUUCUGCUUUCGAAACGUACGGACUCCGACAUCCAGGCGCUCUUCAUGGGCAUAGACGGCCUGUGCAGGAAGUACGCAAGGGAGACCUCCCAGGUUUUAGAAUUUCAAGAAAAGCACAGGAGGAGACUGUUAGCCUUCUACGGAGAAAAGAUUUCUCAGCUGGAAGAGUCCCUCAGGAAGUCAGCGCUGAGGAUGGGGCAGCCGCAGAGUGUGAGAUUGUCACAACAAACGGCUUUCAGCACAAUAAAAACUCCAGUUUCAACUCCUUCGACAAAGCCCAACGGGCCGCUCUUCCUGCCGCCUGACUCAUCAGCCUCUGCAAGGGUGGAGUCCAUGGAGGUUGACCUCACACCCUCCCCGAGGAGAAAGCGUGAGGUUGCCACCGGCCUGACAAGGAUCUCCCUGCUCAGUCCACCUCGGGAUGGACGCAUGGGCAGCGUUGCCCACCGCCCUCAGCACCUCGGCCUGACACCGCGUCACCCCAGCGAGCCCCAGGCACUCAGCCUGUCCACGCUUUGUGGCUCGGCACAGUCCAGCCACUGGCCUCCAGACUGCGUGCCCGCCGCCCCUCGACUCACAGGGCCACCCACCUACCUCCCUGACCGCAGGCUGCGCCCGUGGCCUCUGUGGGGCUGCCGCACCCCACUCCACGGCAGCAGCCGGCCCCAGCUCCGUGCCCUCUGA